AUGUCAGAACCGCAAGCAUCGCAGUCAGCUCCGGAGGCGACUCCGGCGCCGCAGCCGCUUUCCGCCGAGAUCCAGCCGCCCCCGCCAGCGUAUGCGAAGGAGCCGCCGGCGACGACUAUGGACGGCAGCAGACCCGCGCCCGCGACGGAAAUGCCUACCAGCCCAUCGCAGCCCGAACAGCAACAGCACACGACGACACCGGCCGGCCAGAAGAGCGCCCCGGCGCCAGCGCCAGCGACCGUCACGCCGCUGCACAUGCUCGGCGACGAGCCGGCCUUCAUCGACUGCCCAUUCUGCCAGACGAGGGCCAUGACCAACAUCAGCAAAGAUGGCAGCGGCAUGCAGAUGGUCGCCGGCGCGCUGUGCUGCCUCCUGUGCGUUUGUCUCACCUGCGUCCCCUGCAUCGCGGGCUGGUUCGAAGACACGAACUACACCUGCGCCAACUGCCGCAAGACGGUCGCCACGAGGCCGUACGACGGGCCCAUCCGCGUCUUCGGCCCCCAGCCGUACGGCGCCGUGCCGUCCCAGUACCAGAGCCCGCCGCCGCCGGUUGCCGAGAAGCAGCAGGCCGCGCAAGCUUGA